CCGCAGCUACCCGUGAGGUCAAGAAAUCAAAGAAAUAUGCUACAGAAAGGGAUGUCUGGGGCCUCCCCUCCAACUGCAUCCCAUUAGUGUUCGAACACUUCGGACGUUGGGGCUCAGACGCAGCUCAAUUCCUGCACCGCCUGUCACUUCAGUGUAUAGUCAAAGACAGGAGAAAGAACAGUCGUGAUUUAAGACAUUCUGGCGUAGAUGCAUGUCGGUAGCUUUGCAAAGAUGUAAUGCUAGCGUCAUUAGCAGAACGUUAGCAAGGCUGGGACAUUCUAAGAUCUUUACAGUGACAGUUCAUUCGCACAUAGUUAAAUUAUGGCGUCGACCGUUUGGGCCAGACUAGAAUGUAAUAGUGUUGUCUUUGAAAAUAUAUGUAUUGACAGACAGACAGACAGACAGACAGACAGACAGACAGACAGACAGAAAUCUUGUUCACAGAUGCACCCACAGCCCGAGAUGCAGCACGACAUCGAUCUACAAAAGGAAAAGGAGCUGGUGCAUGGCUGAACGCAAUCCCGACUUCAGAAGUGCUCGCACUAAAUUCUUACGAGUAUCGUUUAGCGUCCUUGCUGAGGUUGGGCUUGCCCAUUCCACUUUCUGACUGGAUGACAACAUGCAACUGUGGUGCCUCCCUGGACAGCAGUGGGUACCAUCUGCUAACAUGCAAAACCGGUGGAGGGCCAGUUUGGUCGCACGAAUCGCUUGCAUCAGUCUGGUCUGAUUGCCUGCGGGAGCUGCACAUCCAUCAUCGAAGGGAACCGAGGCAUCGGUAUGCCAAUUCCAAUGACCGGCCAGACAUUGUAGCCUUCGACUCAGACUCUGGGUGCAAUGUGGAUCUGGACAUAGCUCUAGCACACCCAUGGAGCUCGGACAUCUUCCCUAGAUCUUCGGAAACAGAUGGCGCCGCUGCUGAGAGAAGAGAGGAGAGAAAAAAGUCAAAAUACGAGAAGGAAUGUCUACCAGGUGGAACUGCUGUCAGUCUCAUUCCUCUGGUUAUGGAGCAUUUUGGACGCUGGGGUGUCAUGGGAAGAAACUUCCUGCAGAAACUAGCAAAGAAAUCAUGUGACGAAAUUGGUAGACCAAACGCUGCAGAGUUCCUUGACUUUUGGCGAAAAAGAUUCUCCCUUCAGCUGCAAAAAUGCAAUGCCAAAGUCAUACUGAGGAAGAUGGCAAGCUUGUCAAGUGACACAAGUAGCGCUAAGUACUCAACCCAGUUCUUUAGCCACUAGGCUGACCUGGGUUAUCUUUUAAGUUAAGUUGUUACUGUUUUUAGUGCUUUUUCCUGUGUACUGUAGCACCUAAAACAUUAUGUCAUUGCCUAGCACUCUUUGUAUGAUAGAUGAAUGUUUGAAAAUAUAUGUGACAGACAGACAGACA